UUCUCCUGACCCCCACGCCCCAUUUACAAAUUACAAUACGCAUACGGCAUAAUACCAUAUUUAUAAUCUAUAGAAUAAAAUAUAUACUCACAUAUCCAACACAGUACAUACUUAUUGGGCAUAUUUGCCUGUGUACCCUCUCCACCGAUCACUCUUAGCGCCUUUCCUUGACCUCCGAAGAAUAUCGCUUUCCCUCCAUGGAUUCAAGUGGGUUUCCUUCACCGAGGAAGGCCGAUUGUUUUCCGGCGGGCCUUCGGGUUCUUGUGGUCGACGAUGAUCCGACUUGGUUGAAGAUUCUUGAAAAGAUGCUGAAGAAGUGCAACUAUGAAGUGACAACAUGUAAUUUGGCAAGAGAUGCCUUGAACUUGCUUCGAGAAAGGAAAGAGGGAUUUGAUAUUGUGAUCAGCGACGUCAACAUGCCAGACAUGGAUGGUUUCAAGCUUCUGGAACAUGUUGGUCUGGAGAUGGAUCUCCCUGUCAUAAUGAUGUCUGUUGAUGGAGAAACAAGCAGGGUGAUGAAGGGUGUCCAGCAUGGUGCCUGUGAUUAUCUUCUUAAGCCUAUAAGAAUGAAAGAGCUUCGAAACAUAUGGCAGCAUGUCUUCAGGAAAAAGAUCCAUGAGGGGAGGGAUAUCGAAGGCCAUGAAAGCUUUGAAGAAAUUCAGAUGAUGAGAAGUGUAGUAGAGCAAUCAGAUGAUGGUUACUUGUAUGGUGGAGAGCUGGGUUCAGUAAAGAAAAGAAAAGAUGCUGAGAAUAAGCAAGACGAUAGAGUGUAUGGUGAUCCCUCCUCUGUGAAGAAAGCAAGGGUGGUUUGGACAGUAGAUCUUCAUCAGAAAUUUGUGAAAGCUGUCAAUCAGAUUGGAUUUGAGAAGGUUGGCCCCAAGAAGAUACUUGACUUGAUGGGAGUGCCGUGGCUAACUAGAGAAAAUGUUGCUAGCCACCUGCAGAAGUAUCGACUCUACUUGAGCAGGCUGCAGAAGGAAAAUGAGUCAAAAGCUGCAUUUGGGGGGACAAAGCACGCAGACACCUCCCUAAAAGACACCGCUAGCUAUGCUUCCGUCCAAAGUUCAAUAACUCAGAAUGCAUCUGCAGCGGAACAGAACGUUCCGGUGAAUGGAAAUUAUGCUAUUUCUGGACAGAGGGCUCUGAUCCAUAGAGAACCAACUAUAAGUGGGGGAGGUGCAUCUGGGGUUCUUUCUAAGUCGAGAGCAGAAUCCAAGAAGGCGGCUAUAUAUGGAGAUUUAGCUGAUACUUCAAUAAUAGGCAAUCUCCCAACUAUCAGUUUCAACCACCCCUUUAAACAGCUGGAUGUAGAUGUGAAGCCCGGUCCCAAGAUCCAAGUUCAGCACUCUUCGAGUGGUGACAUCCCAUCUCAUCAGUUCAAGCAGGAGCACAAACCAGAUUUCCCUGCAGACCACGGGCUUGGUGGCCUUCCACGGCCACUGCAUCAAACCCAAGUUGACUCCAUGGUCGCUGGUCUUGCCCACAAUCCUGGGAGCUCUGAUAAACCACCCGAAGGAACAGUAGCUCCUUCGUCAUGCCAACAGGGUGCUGAAAAAGUAACAAGUGAAGUUGAAAGUGCUGCAGCUGAAAUGUUGUGUGUUCGGCCAGAAAGCCACUUAAGUGAUCCUAUCCAGAUCCUGUGGAACACCUCCAAGAACCACAGUUUGGAGCAGAAUGCAUUUGAUGAUCCGAGAUCAUAUUCUGAGGGAAACGUGGUUGGUGGAACUGCCGGAUCAAGUCUGAAGGUGUGGGCUGAAGAGCUGAAUGACUAUUCCUGGCAGGGCGACAUGGAUCUGCCGAAUGCAUGCAUUGGGAAUAUAGAAGAUCUUGGGUUUAAUAACCACGGGUUUGUUGUGGCAGUGGAUGUUCCGCCGCACUUGUAUGAUCCGCUCAAGUUUGAUUAUGAGUAUCCAAUUGACGCCACCGCAGCAGCAGCAGCGGCGGAGUACCCUGUAAUUGAGAAAGGCCUAUUUAUUGCAGGACCUGUUUAGUUGUUAGCUAGUAUUGCGUUGGGGGUGUAAUCUACCACUGAAUCAAUUAGGAAAGGCAACUUCAGUUGGGUGUGUUCUUCCAGUGAAUUAAGGAAAUGCAGCCUUCACCUUUAUAGGAUGUGCGUCGGAGUUCCUAGCUUCCGGGAGGGGAGAGGAGAGGAGAGGAGAAGAACCAUCAGCAGCAGCAUAUCUUUUCUUGUUCAACUUUUUUGAUGUAAUGGAACCCUAACUGGCCUCAUAGUGCAGCGGUAUAUAUGUAUCAAAUCAAAGGGGAUGCUGACAUGCUGUGCGCCCAAGUUUACGUGUAUAUAUAUACAGUUUUUCUC